UUUUUAAAUUAUAAAUCGAAUAAAGCAUCCCCAUAGCAUGGGUCUCGGUCUUUUGCAUAAUUUUUUUAUAACUCAAAUCAUAUUAUCUGUAAUUAACUUUCAAAUCAUAGCGACCAUCGAUAACAAAAGUUCUUUAUAUCGAUACAUUCGUUGUUUUUACAGCAGCACACAUACGCGUAAUUUAACACAAGCUGAAUGUAAAAGAAUGUCGGUGGUAAAAAAAGAAAAGCGAUUUCGCGGCGUUUCCAAGGACGCAACAUGGAAAAAACUAGGAUUCCUACCGUCGUUCAAGAAAGGAAAGGAAGGAGAGCCCAAAAAAUACCGAGCCCUGUGCAUUCAUUGCCGAAAAUGUCAGUCAAACACCAGUAUUGACAGGCUAAUUAUCCACAGGAAAUCCUGCUCUAAGUUCCGGGAGGACCUAACCGAGGAGCUGGCCACAAGGACGGGUUCAGGGGCCGUGGAAUCCAAGCCAGCGGAAUCCAAAUUCUCAAUUUCCACCUCCGAACCGGAGGCAACUGCAUCCACAAUCGAGAUCUCGACCAGCAGUCUACUGGAUAAACUUCUCGACGAAGAUGAGAGCAGCGGGCGCAAUCCAGAAACCACUUUGGUCAGCUACCUGAGCGACCUGGAUCAACUGGUGAUCCCGCAAUCCGAUGCCAACAGACUCCAGAAGGAUCUUAUCAAGGCGGAGACGGAGUAUCUGGAGGCCAAGUCUGACUACUUUACCAAGAUGAACGAAAUCGCCGAACUGAAACGAACCGUUACCAUGUUGGAGGCGAAAAAAACGCAGUUGGAGAUCGUCAAAUUAAGGGCAGAGUGCGAGUAGCCUUAGUUUUUUACACACCAUACAGUUAAAAUUUCUUCUGAAUAUAUAAAUUUGUAUAAAAUAUGAAUAAUAGUGAUGCGGGCAGUA